AAAUAGCUACUUGUGACGAAAGCAAACAAAAAUGGCAGCCCCCACGUACACGGCAAGAAUUGGAUUGGCCUUUGACAAACCAGAUUUAGAAAACUCUUGGUUUCUCGUUGAUUUUUCAAAGCAUGAUAAAAUUGAAGAUGUAAUAAUUGAAAUUAAGAAUCAGUAUUUUAAGUGUGUGACAGAUUGUGACAAGGCAGUUACAUUGAGAAUAAACAAUUUUCUGCUUCCACCAAAUGGAAGUUCAGAACUCUUCAGAGAAAACGAUGUUGUAUCAGUCAGAUUAGAGACCAAGUCAGAGAACAGAGAGACAUUGGCUGGCAAGUGGGUGCAUUCCUGUAUAGAUGACAGUUCUAGACAAAUCAGUUCUAGUCAUUCUCUGGCAGAAGACCUUGAAGAUCAUAAAAGAAAAAGGAAACAUUCAGAAACAGUCUGUGAACAUGGUGAAGUGAAAUAUAAGUCCUUAAAGCACAAAAAGAGAAAACACAGGGACAGGCAUCUGUCAGAGGAGGUACUGGAACACUUGCAGUUUGAUAGUAACAGUAGUCAAUACACCAGAACAAAACAGAAAUCAAAAGGACAUGUUAAAAACUCUAAAAGUCAACACAAAGUUGAGUGCAUGGUUGAAACAUCUCACAGUGAAUCCAGCACAGGAGCCGAUAUAAAACAUCUACCAACUAGUGACAAUGGGGAACUUGAAAUAUCCAAAUCCAGAGAAAAGUCUGCAAUAGUGAACUCAGAACAAGUUCUGCGAACAGAUAGAAAUGAUUCAGCUGUGGUAGGAAGUGAAUACAAACAAGAUGUAGCAGUUAGCAAUUUCACCAGAGAUACAGCAGAUACAGAAACAGAAGAAUCACUGGUAAAUAUUUCUCAGAGUGACGUUUCCUCUCUUGGUUCUACUGAGAAAAAGAAGCGAAAUCGACGUAGAAAAAGACGACAUAGGUCGUUGUCAAAUACACUGACAGGAGAUGCCACAGACAAAGCUGUGGAUUCUGGUAGUCUAGGUUUAAAUGACAGUCAUCCAAUCUAUAAGGGCAGAGAAGUUGAUGGAAAUGAGAGAGGCCUGUAUGGCUCACUUCCUGAUAAACUUGAAUCUCCUAAGUAUUAUCGGCAUGGAUACCGCAACUCCAAAACCUACUCGGUGGAACCUAAUCAGCAUGUAAAGUUUGGGUCAGAUUCUGACCCAGAAGAGGUAGAGGAAAGCACACAGCAGUAUAAUUUCUUGUGUAAGUCAAGGAAGACUCCAAAAACAGUCAUUAAUAGUGGAACAGAGUUCAGUGAAACUGAAGAUGGUGCUCAAGAUAAAAUAGAGAAAACUGAAACUGCUGUCAGAGAAGAAACAAAGAUUGAUGAAUCAGUAUAUGCUCAGAAUGAUUCUCAGUUUUUGCAAAAUGGAACUUGUGAAGACUUGCAACAAAAUGAGCAACCAUCACAAAAUGAUAGUUUUACAGCAGUACCCUUUAAUUAUGCAGAUUCAUCCGAAGAGAGAAGCAAUGACAAUACCACAAACAGUAGUUUUGCUAAAGAAACAUCACCUGUGACAUUAGAAAGAAAGACAUUAUCAAAUGGAGUAUCAGUGUUUGUACGACAGAGAGCGAGUCCUGGUUCCCGGUUUAGAGGGUUGUCUAAACAGGAACAGUUGGAUACCAAGGUCACAAAUGUCUCUACUAUAUUUGUUACUACACAAGAGCCAGAAUUUAAAGUGCCAUCAAGUCCAGCUCCGAGACAAAAAUUAUCACCUAAACCCUGCCUUCCAGAAGUGAAGGAUUCUCUGACAGGUACAAACAACCUACAGGGAGUAGAACUGUCUAGUUGUAAACCACUAGUAGGAACACCUAAAGCUGGGGACACUAUCGCUUACAAGGUUCUUGAAAUAUCUGCAAACUGCACACCAGAAGUAUCGGAUUUCAGGAUUGCCAAAGUUCUCAGUAUAGAUGAUAAUCAGAUGUUGGAGCUGAAAAAUGUAUUUAAACCAGAUAACUCAGACAAACAAGUAACAAAGUUUCAUGUUGAGAUAGAGGAUGACAAUGAGAUUCUGACAAAUACAGAGAGCCUUGCAGAUAUUGUAACACUACAUCUGAGUUCUCUGCUGGAGCCAAGAAUUGUUGCCAGUGGUCAAUGAUUACGUAACAGAAUGUAUUUCAGCAAAAUGCUCUAUGAAAGAGAAUUCAUUCAGAAUGUAUAGUGGACAAGAAUUGUUGCCAGUGGUCAGUAAUUGCGAACCAGAACAUAUUUCAGCAAAAUAUUCUAUGAAAGAGCUUUAAUUUAAAAUGUAUUGUUGACAAGAAUUGUCAGUAAUGAAUGACUGUGUAAUAUCAGGCAGGGUCAUCAUGAGAUUUUCCUCAAACACAAUAUUUUAAUACAUGUUUUUGUGUUUUGUGUACAUUAGUUUUUGGUCAAAAUUUAUUCAACUUUUGAAUUUCCAUAGCCAAACUGUUAUGGAAGAAUCACUAGCUAGAAGCUGGUUUAAGUUUUGUGUGGCUCAAAUUUAUUCUGAUAAGGAGCCAUCCAUUUUCCGUAUCAUUUCUAGGUGUACCUAAAACAAUAUGCCAGGUGGCAAUUAAGAUACACGUCUUCACUGAAACUGGAAAUAUGAACUUUGCUAUCAGAGUUUCCUAUGUGUUGUUAGUUAUUAUAUUCUUUUCUUGUUGACUGUACAUAUCUAAACUGAAUAUGGUGACAAUAGAUAUAUAUAGAAUGUGAUUGUUAAACUGCAAGGAAGUUUAGUGAUACAUAAAGUCAAUAAAAUGUC